AUGUCCCAGUUCUCCGGCUCUCAUCAUUUCCAGCACAACGGUGACCCGAAAAACGUCCAAAGCGCCUCACCCACACCUUUGUCGUCACCUCCGGACGGCCAGGCCCCCACCUCCAACGGCAAGCUGAACUCUGCCCCUACCAAUAAAAGCCACCAUAUCAUUAACGUUGGUGGUUUCCGCACAAGAACGCGAGCCCGGGCUGUUUCCACACCUAUUCCAGCAUCUACCGCUCGAGUUAACCAUGACAACUCACCCAUAGAUAUAACUCCCAUAUCAAGUGAAACCCAUCGCAGGACAAAAAGUCGCACUUCAACGAGGCCUCUGUCUAUGGUACAGACCUACCAACCGCCCCUCAUGGAUGUAAACGAAGAUACAAUUCCGGAGCUCCAGCCUAUCUUUACCUUUCUCAAUAGCCAUGCAAAUAAGCUAUACCAGGAAGGGUAUUUCCUAAAACUGGAUGAUCAGAAUACCCAGGGGAGACCGAACUCCGACCGCACCUGGACAGAAUGUUUUGCGCAGUUGGUGGGAACCGUAUUGUCCUUAUGGGAUGCGGCUGAGUUGGAUGCUGCAGGGGAGGAUGGGGAAGUUUUGCCCAAGUUCCUCAACUUGACAGAUGCUUCUAUUAAGAUGAUCGAGUCUUUGCCUACGAGGUCGAAUGACGAGACACCUUUACAGAACAUAUUGAGCAUAUCGACGGCGGGGCGAAAUCGAUACCUUUUGCAUUUCAAUUCUCGCCAGUCGCUUAUACAAUGGACCGCCGGUAUCCGACUUGCCAUGUUCGAGCAUUCGACUCUCCAAGAAGCCUAUACGGGAGCCUUAAUUGCAGGCAAAGGCAAAACACUCAACAAUAUUGGUGUUAUCAUGGAGAGAGCACGUACGCCGAUGGAUCAAUGGGUUAGAGUCCGAUUUGGAGCCGGCGUGCCGUGGAGACGUUGCUGGUGUGUCAUUGAUCCGCCAGACGAGAAGGAAUACAUAAAGGCCCAGAAAGAGCAUAAGAAAAAGUCACCAUACGAUCGACAUGCUCCAGUACUGAAGGGAGAUAUCAAAUUCUACGACAGCAGGAAAGAUGGGAAGAAGCAUAAGAAGAUGCUACCCAUAGCAACCAUCAGCGACGCCUAUUCGGCGUAUGCCCUAUACCCCCAAGCUAAGUCACUGAUUGAUGCAUCAACGCUGAUCAAGAUUGAGGGAAAUAUCACUAUUCACUCCGACCCGCCUACCAAGAGCGAGGGUUUUGUUUUUAUCAUGCCUGAAGUUCAUCCGGCGGUCAGCGGCUUUGAGAUGAUGCUCAGGUUCUUGUUUCCCACCUGGGACACCUUCGGUCUCUAUGGCCGCCCAGGAAGACUGGUUGCGAGCGUUCUCGAUUCGAGAUCUCUUAUGUUUGCGAUGCCGAAACACAAGCGCUAUGGUUAUUUAGAAAUACAGGAUGUGUCAGGGCUAAUCUUAACUGAAGGCAGUUCAGGCUGGAACGAACGAGAAUGGAGGAAGAAGCUCAAGGAGCUGACAGGUAUCCGCAUGAACACUGCAGAUGAUGGAGGAAGCACGAGUUCCAGUUCAGGACAGACUUCUAGCCAUCAAAAGCGUCUUAGUUUUGGUGCCGCUGCUGAAGGCUCUUCGAAGCCUCGUGUUGGUUUUGCUGAUGAAACCGCUGCUCCUGUUCGUACCUCUCGAUCUAUGUCGCUUGGUAGUCGACCUCCCCCCCAAAAUGAGAUAGCCCCGCCGCUCCCUGAUGCUUCUGCGAUAAAUGGAAACCAGAUGGGCCGCCCUCGCAAUAUGUCAGAUGCUAUACCUGGGUCUUUGCUUCCUCCCUCUCACCAGGACAGUUCCUAUGCGCCGAGCCCAGCCUCGUCCACCAGAGGACCAAAUUCGGGACGCGGGUUUGUGAACGAUUUGGCGGUCACUCCGGAGCAAAUGAGUUCUGACGAAGAUCGAACAGACCCCCUAAACCGCGAUUUUGAAACAAUGCAGAGAAUGCCAAGCCCAGAACCAGUGUCUCAGCCCCCCCGUUUCUCCCACGCGCCUGACCAUGUUCCUACGACCCGUCCCUACCACUCACCAGAGAUGCGCCGGGCUAAUAGUCGCUUGUCCAUAAGUACCCUCUCUCAGAUUGCAACAGCCGGCGGCGUCUCCGUAGACGAGCUACGAGACAGUGAAGGGAGCGGACCACCUCCACGGGAACCCGAUCAACAUGGUCAGCAACUUCCAAUACAUACACACGCCAACAAUGCCAAUGCUGGGAUGUCUACUAAUGCUGGAUCUCGUGAAGCUUUAAGGGAAAACACGCCACAGUCUUCCGGACUGCCACCGCCUCAAAUGGAUCCUGUCGGAAUGAGAUCGAGAUCGCCGCAUAACCAAACCAUGGGCCCUCCACCUUCUGGGCCGCGAGGUCCUAGCCCAGGUCCCGGUCCUGCGCCAGGUAAUCGACCCCCACCACAGCCCGGCUAUGGUCCGCCACCAGGUAACAUGCCUCCAGGCCAGCGAGGACCACCUUAUGGUAUGGCCCCUCCCGGAAGAGGCCGCGGCCGUCCCCCACAGAACAUGCCGCCCCCGGGACGCGGCCGACCGAACUACCCACCCCGGGACAAUAUGUAUCGUGGUUUUCCUCCCCAAGGUCCACCCCCUCCAGGUGGCCCCGAUAGACCAAGAUCCCCAGCUAACCGCCAACCUUUACCACCGUUGAAUACCUCACCCCCUAUCCACCGAAAACCACUCCCAGCUCGUAGUGAUAGCCUACAGCACCGAAAUCGUGGUGAUACGACACCGCAGACCCCAUCCACAAGCAGUGGAAGUUUGACGGGUAAUCGUAUCGAUGAGACUGGACUAGGACAGGUCCGUCCCCUUAAUACAUCCCGCAUGCCUCCGAAUUCUGGUGUACAUCGUAUUGACACCAGCCAAAGCCAAGCGAGCAGCCGUUACGACGAUUCGGCAUCCACCAAUAGUCCCGACUAUGCAAGUUCCCGCCCUUCUAUAGAUACAGCGACAUCAAGCGACCGGGAGCGACCACGAGCAGGUGUCCUCCGAACAGUCGGUAACGCAAACGACUCUCCCACGCCAAGUAACGGGGCGAAUUUCGAUAUUCCGGACAUCGAUUUUGGACCGACCUUGAAUCUUGCAAAGACUCCAACCCCUGUGAGCCCACAACAGGGAUCAUUCUCACCUGGGCCACGCCCUCAUUCGCCAGCUCAGAUGCCUCGUCGUAGAUCACCCGGAACAGAGACGGCGCAUAGCCGCCAAGAGUCAGAGGAUACCGUGCGACGAAGAAGCAUGAUUUGGCAACCGGCAUCUCCUGGGUCUGGCACUGCUGGGCAGGGACUCUCACCUGAAGAGUUCGUCCAACAACGAGCGGCUGUUGCUUCGGCUACGCCACAAUAUGCGCAUCAGAGGCAUUCGUCGUCAGUAAGUCUCGGGGGUUUCCGAGCCAGUACGCCAACGUCUCCAUCAAAUCGCGGUCAAGGAGCAGAUCAUAUUGGAUCACAUUCCCGGAGUAAUUCGCGAGACCUCUUGCAACGUCCAAACUCUCGGGGGCCAAAUGAAGCAUUCCAACGUCCCGGGUCUAAGGGUGCCGGUGCCGUCCUUGGCGGACAAGGAGCCAGUGAUUCUCAUCUCUCAGCUCGAGAACAAGAACAUGUGGCGCGUGUGACGGGAUCUCCUUUAAUCAACGUGCCGGGUAAUAAGAACGCAGCUCAAAGCAGUGUAGGUCUAGUAGGCGCAAUCGAGGCUAGGGAGCGAGAAAAACAACAAAUGAAACAAGGCUGGAGCAGUCAGGCUGCACAACAUGCAAUCAACCACCGUCAACAACAGCAAGCUUUUCAACAAUAUCAACAGCGUGCGCCAUCGCCUAGUGUGGUGCCGCCCUCUGGAAUGUACUCCAGUAUGAAUCGCAGCAAUGUAUCCCACGCUCUUACCUAUGGGAGCUAUGGAGGUCCUGGUCCCAUGUCGUCGUACGAGCAGGAAGGUGGCUGGCCGUCGCCUGGGCCAAGGCUCAGGUCACCACCGCCAGGGAACUUCGAUCCUCGUGUACACCAACAGGGUAUGCAACCGUACGGCCAGUUCUCAACACAUAGUCCACCACCUGGAGGACGAGGACAAGGACAAGGACACGCCUACCAUGGACAGGCGUUUUAA